AUGAACGCCACCGACACCAGUGAUAUCGAGCAUAUCGUCGGCCACUAUGGAGCGCUAAUUUUGACGGUGCUCUCGGCCAUCGCGCUCGUUGUCAACAUAUACAUUUUGAAUUGCUCAAGCUUUCUGCGACGUCCAAUCGGCGUCAACCUUCGAUUAUGCGUCACCUUAACGGCCGCCGAUGCACUAUGCGCGUUCUUUUACAUCACCAGUUUCACGAUCAACUUCUUUGUGCCCGAAAAGUAUCGGCCCUCAACAUGCUGGUCUCUUCUGGUCGAGGCUCUGAAGCUUGCGACAUUCUUUGCAUCAGUGUUCACCCUACUUUCGCUGGCAUUGAAUCAUUAUAAUGGCAAUCAAUCCUCUCGUUCCUCGUACCACUCGCCGCAACACUUACCAUCUUCAGCGUCCAUCCUAGUGGUUUCCGCAGCGGACGAGCAUUCGAUUCUUUUGUUCAAGAUGGAUGUGCUACCGCAAGAGUUUUACGUAAAAGACGUGUUCGUCCGCUGGAUCUUCGUCGUUCCAUUUAUCUUGAUCGUUCUGUUGCUCUCAUUCCUCUAUCUACACAUCAUUUUCCAUAUGUCAACGAUGGCCAAGGACCCAUUGCUGACUGCAAAUAACAAUAAUAACCGAAGCAAACGGAGCACUAACCGGAAGCUGCUAGUGACCCUGAUGAUGUUGGCAGGAUCAGCUUGCGUUGGCUGGCUCCCCACCACAGUUAUGUAUGUACUGCUAUGCACGGAUUGCGUCUUUCCACAAGCAAGAAGCUUCUAUAUGAUGUUAUCCAUCAUCGCGCAAUCUCUAAAUGUUCUCAAGCUGAUUUUCGACGCAUUCAUCUAUGCCUCACGUCUCAUCGAGAUUCGCUAUUCAAUCUGGGCAUUCAACGUAGCUGUGCGCUCCAAUUUGACCGUGUGGAACCAUCGACACAGCGAUGCAACCGUUCCGUCAGAGUUUUCGAAAUACGUGACGGACACGAAGGACAAUAAGAAGGAUCGUCAGCAUCUGGCAGCACUCGAUGCUCCAAGUGUAACAUGUUGGUGU